AUGUUUAACGUAAAGCACAACGAAUGCGUCGGUUUUGAAUCGAAAUGGAAAGUCAAAAAAGUAUCGGCCAACAGUGCCUCGCAAACCACCGAGUUUUCAGUGUCGGAAAAAGGCUCCGACACUGUAGAACGAAAAUCGCAAGAGGCUCAAACCGAAACCACCCAAAAACCUUCCGAAGAAGUAGAAAUGAGCAAACUAGCAAAUUGGCUCAACAAAAUUUAUCCGAAUGUUAAAGAGCAAAUCGAUAAGUCCAAUAGUUCGAGAGCAUUCCAAAAUUACAGGACCUCAAACACUAGUGUGGAUUCUUUGUGUAAAUUAGUGCAAAGUUUUAGUAUCGCUGGUAAGAAUGCUGAUGAUGGGGAUAAAGCAAUCCCAAUUAUAAAUUGCCUCGACUGGAACAAUUCGGGCAAGCUCCUUGCAGUUUCUCACAGUUUCAAACAUAGAACUUGGUGCCACCAUACUGGGACUGUUUCAAUUUACUCAUUUGCUAGAGAUAAAACUCUAUCUGAGUCUUUCAUGAAACGAUUGAGCACGGAAUCUUGCGUAACAACCCUCAAAUUUCAUUCCAAUUACAGUAAUAUUUUGGCUGCCGGGACUUUCACAGGGCAUAUUUACAUAUGGAACAUUGGAAAUGAUGUUGAUGCGCUUAUUUGCAAUACAGUGGCGCACGAUGAGUAUAUAACUCAAAUCUCUUGGGUUCACGAUAUGGAUUCUGCUUGUCUGGCAAGCUCCAGUACUGAUUCCUUGUUGAAAAUGUGGACAUUCAAUGUUGCCGAUAAUUUAGUGAAGCUUAAAACUAUAUUCAAAAUCAAAACUCCAAUAUUCGGAAAAAUCGACGACACCAUGGAAGUUCCGAAGUCUCUGAUCGACAAAGGCGAUUUGGGAAUUGUCUGUUUCGAUUUUUCCCUGCACGUUCCUGACAUGUUCGUGGUCGCUUUGGAGGGCGGUUUGAUUGCGCGUUGCUCUCUUUUGGGCCUUACCAAAAUCAAAGCAAAUUCUGGUGAUGUUUCUCACUACUACGACCCAGUUUUCAAAUACUACGAACUCCAUAGAGGGGAAAUUGUUUCGAUUAAGUUUCCCUUGCAGACUAAAGACAUGUUUUUAACUAGUGCCACUGAUGGUGAAAUUCGUAUUUAUCUAGUGCAUCAGACCGAGCCUGCCCAAGUGAUUUUUCUCAAAUCGCCUCUGAACGAAAUUUCGUACGUUUUGCACGAGAAAAAAUUGUUGGCCGCGUGCGGUCAAGGUGGGUUUUUGGAAGUUUUCCAGCUCCAAACUGGUAAACCUAUAGAGCUUACUUUUAACGUGAAAAUUACCAAACGUAAUUUGACUAGUAUGGCUGUAAAUGGUUCAGAAACCAAUUACGUAGUUGUUGGAAACAAUAACGGAGAAAUUCAAUUGUGGGACGUGCCAUGGCAAAAUAUUGAAUAA